UGUUUGUCUUAUGUAAUGCCCGAGUGCUAUAACGUGUCUGUUCUGGUUUGUGUUUUUAGGGAUCAGACGGGAAUCUCUAAUUUAUUGCGUGCUGAGUGUUCUGGCUGGUGAAAAUCAUGUCGUCCAUAUUGCCGUUCACUCCACCGGUUGUGAAGAGACUUCUGGGGUGGAAAAAAUCUGCUGGUGGCUCUGGAGGGGCUGGUGGUGGUGAGCAGAACGGUCAGGAGGAAAAGUGGUGUGAAAAAGCGGUGAAAAGCCUGGUGAAGAAGCUGAAGAAAACAGGGCAGCUGGAUGAGCUUGAGAAGGCAAUUACCACUCAAAAUUGCAAUACAAAAUGUGUGACGAUACCAAGCACUUGCUCUGAAAUUUGGGGACUGAGUACACCAAACACGAUAGAUCAGUGGGAUACAACAGGCCUUUACAGCUUCUCUGAACAAACCAGAUCUCUCGAUGGCCGUCUACAGGUAUCUCAUCGUAAAGGAUUACCACAUGUUAUUUACUGUCGCUUGUGGCGCUGGCCAGAUCUGCACAGUCACCAUGAACUUAAAGCAAUCGAAAACUGUGAAUAUGCUUUUAAUCUUAAAAAGGAUGAAGUAUGUGUAAACCCUUACCACUACCAGAGAGUGGAAACACCAGUCUUGCCUCCUGUGCUAGUGCCUCGGCACACCGAGAUCCUGACAGAACUUCCACCUCUCGAUGACUAUACCCAUUCCAUUCCUGAAAACACUAACUUUCCAGCUGGAAUUGAACCACAGAGCAAUUACAUACCAGAAACACCACCUCCAGGAUACAUCAGUGAAGAUGGAGAGACAAGUGACCAGCAGUUGAACCAAAGCAUGGAUACAGGAUCUCCAGCAGAGCUGUCUCCUAGUACUCUCUCCCCAGUUAAUCACAGCCUGGACUUGCAACCAGUUACUUAUUCAGAGCCUGCGUUCUGGUGUUCAAUAGCAUAUUAUGAAUUGAAUCAAAGAGUAGGAGAAACCUUCCAUGCUUCGCAACCUUCACUGACUGUAGAUGGCUUUACAGAUCCAUCAAAUUCAGAACGAUUUUGUCUAGGUCUGCUUUCCAAUGUAAACAGAAAUGCUACAGUGGAAAUGACAAGGCGACACAUAGGAAGGGGAGUACGUCUCUACUACAUUGGUGGGGAAGUUUUUGCUGAGUGCCUAAGUGAUAGUGCAAUUUUUGUUCAGAGCCCCAACUGUAAUCAAAGAUACGGCUGGCAUCCUGCAACUGUGUGCAAAAUUCCACCAGGAUGCAAUCUAAAAAUCUUUAAUAACCAGGAAUUUGCUGCUCUUCUGGCUCAAUCUGUGAAUCAGGGUUUUGAAGCAGUCUAUCAACUUACUAGAAUGUGUACCAUAAGAAUGAGCUUUGUUAAAGGAUGGGGAGCUGAAUACAGGCGGCAGACGGUCACAAGCACUCCCUGCUGGAUUGAGCUCCAUCUGAACGGACCUCUGCAAUGGUUGGACAAAGUAUUGACUCAGAUGGGCUCCCCUUCAGUACGCUGCUCCAGCAUGUCGUAAAACUCCUUCCUCCAUUACCAGUGGGCUAAAUACCAAGUCCAGUCAACAGACUUAAUAUAACAGCUCGUCUGUCAUAGUAUUUGUGUGUGGUCCCCAUGAACUGUUUACUAUCCAAAAAGUUUAAAAAA